UUUCGUUAAGUUGCGUUUUCCCUUUGCUGCCUUAUGCAUAUAUAUACCUGUAGAUUUCCUGUGUGUGCACAGACCCACUGGUGUCUCUCUAUAAUACACACAGGGGUAAACACAGUUUACAUGGCGCUUACGUCACAGACAUGAUCAGUGAUCGAAAACGGGCGAGAUCUUUAAAUACGAGAAGUCUUUAAUAUCGUUAAGUUCUAGAUCACAUGCCGUCUAAGUAUAUUAUAUAUCUAUUCACGAGAUCUGACCUCGAAGUCAAAGUAGGGGUUGACAUUUCGAGUAUGUGUACGUGGUUAAAUACGACGUAGCCUGUUCAAUUGUUUCCACUGUGAGCUCUCCGAACCGUAUUAAAUCUCUAAGUCUUUUUAAAGGUACAAGCGGUGAGGGAUUUAAAUUGACAAAAUUAUAAAAAAAAUAAUUAUAAAGAAGUUGGCCUUAGUCCAAAUUACCGUAAGUAUAUACUUGGUAUAGGGACGGUUUUGCUCUGUGUGUUCUGUGACAGCGACUAUACAGACAGGCCCAUACCGGUGUUUCAGCUAGCUACUUACGAACCGUUUCCAACAUGGCCGGUCAGGUACCAGCUCCAGAUUAGCCCUGGAACGUAUUCUUGGAUUUGUUACUGGAAAAAGAAAAACAUUUCUUUGACGAAAGUUUGAAUAUCAGUUAUUCGAUAAGAGUGUUUUGAAGAAUACUUUCCCAUAAGGAGAGUAAUAUCUGAGCGUCACUUACUAACGUUUCAGAGCGUCAGUAGUAGACUUAAAGUCUACGAGAGUUUUAAUAUUUUUGGAUUUGUUGGUGGUUCCAAGCCAAACCAGCCAACAUGGGAAACGGACUAUGUGUGGAGACUGGCAGUUCUAUGACAGUGUUCGAUUGGCUCGACCAUGUACUCGGGACAGUCGGACAUACCAUAGGACUCAAGUCAGUGUAUGAUGACGACUUUAUCGACCGCUUAAGUCACUAUUACACAGUGAUAAUACUGAUAAUAUUUACUGUUAUAGUGAGUACUAAUCAAUACGUGGGGGACCCCAUUGAGUGUUGGUGCCCAGCAGACUUCACAGAAAAUCGGGUGGAGUAUACUAAUUUCGUCUGCUGGGUUUCAAAUACGUAUUACAUCCCGAUGCAGCAUCAGAUCCCGGUUGAACUUGAGGGACGCCGCCAGAAGGAGCUGACUUAUUACCAGUGGAUUCCAAUGAUCUUACUCACCAUGGCGCUUCUUUUCAAACUCCCCCGGAUGGUCUUUAAAGUAUUUUCGGCCGCUUCCGGUAUCAGUUUGGAUCGUCUUUGUACGCUGGCAAAAGAAACACAGUAUGCUAACCCGGAGGAUAGAGAAAAGAAGUUAUCUUACAUCGUCAAAUAUCUUGACCAGUGGAUGGAAGGGGUCACUCAGUUCAGAGCAGGAAUGUGUGUCAGAUUCCGUCAGAGGGUCGGUCAGGUCUGUUGCUUCCUGUGUGGACGUCACUAUGGUAACUACCUGGUGACCGCAGUGAUGGCGGUAAAACUGCUGUACCUCGGUAAUGCGGUAGGACAGCUUUUCCUGCUGAACGCGUUUUUGGGCACGAGCUAUAACGUUUACGGGUUUGAGGUGUUAACCAAUCUUGUAAGUGGGGAUGACUGGACUUAUUCUCCACGUUUUCCACGUGUGACCUUGUGUGACUUUGAGAUUCGACAGAUGACCAAUCUGCAACGCUGGACAGUUCAGUGUGUACUGCCGAUAAAUCUCUUCAACGAGAAAAUCUUCAUCUUCAUGUGGUUUUGGAUCGUGUUAGUUGCCGCAUUAUCGGCAUUUUCAUUUGUCAUUAACAUUUACGCUGUCAUCUUCCCUCAACAUCGAAGGUCUUAUCUACGGAAAUAUCUCCGAUUAAAUGACAUGUACAAGAAAUCAGAACUGGACAAGAAAGUUGUGAGGAAGUUUGUAGAAUCCUAUCUACAACAAGACGGAGUGUUUGUGUUACGCGCAGUUAGUAACAAUGCGAAUGAUGUGAUCGCUUCAGAACUCAUCAAACUGCUUUACAUAAAUUUCAAAGAAAAAAUAGCAAAACAGAGAAAUUCAGUAGAGGAGCAUAGCAAUGUAUGACAGGCGUUUAAUAAUACACGUGAUCUUUGAUUUUUAUGACCUCAUUGUAUAUAUCGUAAUUGAACCAGCACUGUAUAUAUCAUUCGAGAAGAUUAUUACAACUGAUAAAACCCAUACACUUAGAAUAUAAAUAAUGAUAGUAGCUAGCAUCAGUGGCAUUCUUGAAUUGAUAAAAAAUAUAUUUAAUAAUCCCUAUCCAGAAUACAAUUAGCGAAAACGGGUUGAAGGACCUACAUUGGUUGAGUGCGGAAUUCCCCUUAUAUUUUAGAAAUUGUAUAUGUGAAGGUUGGACUCUCCUACCUACUGCUGAACUUUCACUUUCUUGGCAGCAACUCCUCUUUGUUUACGAACCAAAACGCGUUAAACGACUAUAGAUGCUCAAACCAACAAUUAUCGUUUUACUUUUCUUACAUAACCUGGUGCAUCAUUGAAUUUGAUUUUUUUUUAUGUCUAAUAUCUGCUUUUUAAUAUGUUUGCAACUGUAAACAUUUUCGCCAAUUCGCGACUUAUAAUAUUAGCAAAUACAACUGAGUUCAUGAUUUUGUUUCUAAUUUAUGGAGAGAGAAAAAAAGAAUUAAACAUAUGAAUAUGUUGUUUUCCUGUCGAAAGUCCUGUUAUGAAUUUGAUAACGGUAUAAUACGGUAACGAGCUUUGGUUGUUUAUUGGUUAAUAUUUAACCUCAUAUGUAUGUCCAUCACGUGAUUAUAUGCUUUCUGACACAGGUAGCAGCUUGGAGUGGCUGUACUUGCCAUUCAUCCAAAGUUAUACUUGUGUUCAACAAAUUUCCUCAUUUUUCAAUGUAAAAUUGCAAAUUGUACAUUUUUAUUUAAAUCAAUCGCUUAGUUUAAUAAUUCGCCACUUUAGUGAUUCUACGAAUCCUAGGGUAGAUUCACACGUUACACGCCUAACAUUUUUUUAUGUUAAGUGAAAUCCUAUACAAUAUAAAAUACCUUAUCUUUUCCAACCAGAAAUACAUAUUUUAUGAUAAUAUUUUAAAUCUUGCUGCUCUAAAAUAACUUUCACAUGGCAAAACUCCAUAAUAACGGUAUCUAUAAACCUGGGUAUAUACUUUACAAUGGAACAAAUAUUUAACUUGUUCAUACUAUAUUUGCAGUAUGUGAACGUGGAUUCAAUAGAUUAAAUUAUCAGAGUUUAUAGUGUUUUUAAUAUAUUGAUGCCAAAUUUUAUUUAUUAUGUUGAUUUUUUAUUUAUAUCAUAUUAUAUUUUAUGUUAUUAGCGUUAAUUUAGCUAUGAUAGUUUAUGCAGAGGAUUUGUUUUCCAUUUUUGUUUGGUGUGAAAUGUUACUUUUAAUACUGCAGUUAUUUUUCCGACAAGACAACUUUCAUGUGUAAAGCUUCAAACAAGUUAAUGUUAUACAUGUAUCUGUUACCAAGUAAUAUGGGGCAAAGAAGUAAUUCCAACAGUGUGGAUAAGUUU